AUGAAGAACGCUUUGCGCCUACUUUUCCACCAGACAUUUGCUAUUGUCUGGGUCGUCGCCUUAGUUCUUCUAGGCUGGGGAGGCCUAUGCAUCGUCACCGGCUCCAGAUACCCCAUCUUGGUUGUAACAUCGGAGUCAAUGGAGCCUGCCUUUCAACGUGGUGAUCUCAUCUUUCUUUGGAACCGCGACCAAGUCAUUCAUACCGGCGAUAUACCGGUUAUAUGGGUUCCAGGGAAGCCCCUACCAAUGGUCCAUCGGGUAAUCACAGUCAACUAUGAGGUAGAAACGAAUGGGCAUCUCAAACAGAUGAUAUUGACGAAAGGCGAUAAUAACGCCAUUGACGACAGCUUCAUGUAUUUGCCCGGACGACCAUUUGCCCUCCGCGAAGAAGUUGUCGGCUUGGUGUGGGGGUAUGUUCCCAAACUUGGGUGGGCCAGUUUGGUUCUACAAGGUGGUCUUUGGAGAUGA